UUGGAAACAGAAUCAAUUCCCGAAUGAACCAUCUCCAACCGACGCCCCUAAAGUAACAGCUACCAAAUAGCAAGACGGCUAACUAUGUCCUACAAAAAAAACUCAUUCAGUGAGCAGUUUACUCUCUGCAGUGCACUUUUACAGGCUACACAACAGGGGGAGUCUCAAGCUGCAGAACUAAAGGAGAAACAACAAAUCCUAAACUCAGCUCAGGAUACACUAUCAAAGAUAGUAAAGAGUUAUGCUACUGUUUCCAGUAACAUUAAACUGAAAGUCCAACAAAUCACUGGCAUCACAAAUGAGAUGGAACAUGUAAACAGGCAAAUUGAGAGACAGCAAACAGAGAUACAAGUGAUCCAGAUGGAAAACAGGGCAUUCUGCUGCAGCAUAGAAGAGCAAUUAGAGAACUCACAUUCCUUGCUGGCUUGGUACAACAAUUGCCAUAAUAAAAUGAAGAGCUACAAAAUGUCACUUGCUACACUGGAGAGCCAAACAACUAUUCAUAUGGAGUUGAUGGAAAAAAGGGAAAAGGUGAAGAGACAAAAGGAGCACAUACAUGAACUGAAGAUGGACUUACAGAAUCCAGAGGGGAAUGCAAUACAACAGGCUCAGAAAGAAAUUGUCAUCAUUAAGGCCCAGAUACAUAAAACAAAAGAGCUUGUAAGAAGAAAAGCGACAAUACUGGAGAAUGAGAAAAAGAACCAUUCACAACUGAGAAGAGAUAUAGCAAUUCAUAACAGAAGAUGUGAGGCCAUUAUAAAAUGGCUUUGCUGCCAGCUAAACAAGUCUCAGUCCACUAACCGAGAGCUAAGCAGUGAAAUAUUCCAUAUGGAGAAAGAGGUGAAACAUCUUAAGAAGCAACUAGGUACUUUAAACAAUGUAGGAUGAAUCAAUGUAC